UGUUGAUGAUGCCAUCAUCAUGUAACCAUAAAUCGAAUAACCAAAUGAACACAACCCAACCCCUCACCACCACCAUCAUCAUCAUCAUCAACCUCACAAGAUAUAUAAUAUAAAAAAGUGAAAUAAAAAAUGUCCUGCCCAGAUUGCUUCAACGGCCACGUCCACCCCGGCUCUCCCCAGGGAUACAUCACCACCCUCCGCGGCCUCAACGUGUACGUCGCCGAGCCUGCAUCGGCAACCGGGGUGCGGGGGAUCAUCGUCAUUAUUCCUGAUGCCUUCGGAUGGGAGUUUGUCAAUUGUCGAUUAUUGGCGGAUCGGUUUGCGGAGAAGGGGAGGUAUCGUGUUUAUUUACCGGAUUUUAUGGGGGGACAUGCGAUGCCGACCUGGUUGAUGAAUUCGUUUCGCAGGUUGAAAAAGUGGGAUACGCUGUCUGAUUGGUUCUUGAAACCAUACGACCUCGCCUGCAUCCUCGUCAAAGUACCCCCCUUCCUCCUCUUCACCCGCUUUACCAAAACCUGGCCUACCGUACAAUCCUUCUUCACUGCUCUCCGCUCCAACGAAGGCCUCCACCUCCCCAUCGCCUCAGUCGGCUACUGCUGGGGCGGAAAACACACCGUCACCUUAUCCCACGGGUACAACGUCGACGGCCGCCCUCUCAUCGACGCAGGGUUCACCGGCCACCCCAGCUUCCUGACCAUCCCCGACGACAUCGUGCGGAUUCGGGUGCCGGUGAGUUUCGCGCUGGGGCAGCUGGACGUGUUGAACUCGGGCAGGAAGGCGGAGUAUCUCAAGGCGAUUAUGGCGGACAAGGAGGAGGAAGGGUUGGGGGAGGUGAGGGUUUAUGAGGGUGCUGGGCAUGGGUUUUGUGUUAGGGAGGAUACGGUGUUGGGGGAUGCGGAGAGGCAGGCGACGGAGGCGGAGGAGCAGGCAUUAACGUGGUUUGAGGGGCAUUUGAGUCGUGUUUCAUAUUAAUUAAUCAAGAGAUUAAUUUCCGAUGGAGGGUCUCAUUAAAUUUGAGCAAGGGAGACAAAGCGGGAUAUAUCAAUCAUUCAUCUUCAAUCAAGGCCCUCAAUGCCCCUCCUGGCCGUUUCAAAAGCUCAUAAUACCCUCCCUCUUCAAUAACAGCCCCCUCCUCCAUAACGAUCACAUUAUCUGAUAUCUCCAUCAUCUCGCGUGCAUGCGUGAUGAUAAUCACCGUCAGUCCUAGCUGAGCAGCAACGAGCUUCUGAACCGUCUGCCGAAUCACCUCCGCGCUGCCUCGAUCAAGACUCGACGUCGCCUCAUCCAGGAUGAGAAUCUGCGGUCGACGGACCAGCGCUCGAGCGAUGACUACUCGUUGUGCUUGGCCUC